ACUUAAUAUGAGUCUUAAUAGUAUUAAGUUAGAAGAACCUAAAAAUGAUGUUUCAACAAUAGAAAUAAAGAAGACAAAUAGUGUAUUAGAUGUACUUCCAAGAUUUGAUGUGGAUAUGAUGACAGCAGCUUAUAUGUCAACUAUGGAGAUUAUUAAUGAGGAAGAAGAUUUGUUAUUUACAGAAUAUAAAGAACUUUGCCAAGAAUUACAGUCUUGGAUAAGGAGUAGGAUUGUAUAUGAUCAUCUUAUGACUCGAAAACGAAUACGUUUAAGUGUUGAUUGGGUUAUUGCUAAGGAAGAAGAGCUUGAGAAGACACGUAAGGAGAUUAUGGAGUGUAUGGAAGCAGUUAAAAAGGCACUUGGAUUAUUAUUUUCUACAUAAACUAGUUGAUACAAGAAAACAAGAAGCUAAAAUGAACAAAAAAC